AAAAUAAUAAGAGGGAAAAUAUUCUGUAUAUUCAAUUGUUCUGUUUAGUUACAAGGGGUUUCUCCUUUAUUUAUAGGAGAGGAUGAUUCCAAAAUAGACAAGGAAUACAAAUCCUACAAGGAAACAAAUUAUAAUCAAACUAGGAAACAAAUAAAUCAAGAUCAAUCCUAAUUUGAAUGGGAUUCGGUCAUCAAAGGAUUUGGACUUCUCAAGUGUGUGACAUGGGAGCAGCUCGCUCUAUUGUCUUGUCCUUGCCCAUAGCUUCUGGUUUAGCACUCCUUUCAACUGUCAUGGCUUCUACAAUGGUGAGCAAGAGUUACAUAUGGGCUUAUGCUACAUUCCAGUUUGCUGGGGUUUUACUAUUUACUUACAUAUUUUAUACAAUGCUUAAUGUGAGUGCAAUUCUAUCAAUUCUGCUUUCUGCCUUCACCGGAUUUGGGAUCACAUUCAGCGCGAAUUCGUUGCUUGUUGAGUACUCUAAGUGGCGUUCCACGAGGCGUAUUCAAGUGUGUGACAUGGGUGUUGCUCGCUCUAUUGUCUGGUCCUUGCCCAUAUCUUCUGGUUUAGCACUCCUCUCAACUAUCAUGGCUUCUACCAUGGUGAGCAAGAGCUACAUAUGGGCUUAUGCUACAUUCCAGUUUGCUGGGGUUUUACUAUUUACUUACAUAUUUUAUACAGUGCUUAACGUGAGUGCAAUUCUAUCAAUUCUGCUUUCCACCUUCACCGGAUUUGGGAUCACAUUCAGUGCGAAUUCGUUGCUUGUUGAGUACUUGAAGUGGCGUUCCACGAGGCGUAUUCAAGAAUGGCAUUAUACAGUGUCAAGGUUGACAUUAUCUAUUUAAUUUGUUUCGCAUUAUGCAUUCGCAUCAUUUGGGAAUAUUACAUAUAGGCUAUAUUGCUAAGAUAUAUGUUUGAUGCUGAUUUUGCUGCUAUUUUGAAACCUAGCUUCCAAUUAAAAUGGGUAAUAAAGUGAUGAACCAGAUUGGAUGCUGGAGUAUGAAAUGCUCUAGAGUGGUUAGAUUUCUCAAUGUGCUCAAUUAUCAAAGUUUAUGUAUAGCUAGUAGAGUAUCAUAUUUAUUUGUCACACAUGAUGAAAUAGACUUUGAGUUCUUGGGGAAUGUGAGUGGUGAGCCAUGCACUCUGCACAAAAAUGUUAAACAGUGUCAGUGUCGUGUCAACACGUGGUAUUCCACUAUAUGAACAAAGGAAGCACUAAAUGCCUAACUAUUUC